CGUUGUGUAUUGAACGUUUCAUAGACAGCCGUACUCCGACUCGGUAGUGUUGUGACAGCGAGUGUAUGUGCGGUGCUCGGACGGUGGUCAAAAGAUGGUGAAUUACGUUAAUUCGCUCGCCAUGUACCAGGGCAAGGGCGGACAGUACGGCGCGGGGGGAUGGUACGGGUGGCAACACCAAAAUUUUGAGGAUCAACAAUGGUGCGCUUGGAACGGAACUCCGGCGGGAGGCGAAUGGCCGGCCCAUCCGGAUCCUCAUCAUUUCAAGAGAGAGCCAGGGGAAAGAGAUAUCGCUCAAAUGCCAUCUCCUGCCCGUGGAGACCUAGCCAGUCCAGGAUCCAGUGGGUCGAGGCCCUCACAGCCGCCGGCUAAUUCAACGUCCCCCUAUCAGUGGAUGAAAAAACAAAGCUACCAGACACAACCCAAUCCAGGGAAAACACGCACAAAAGAUAAAUAUCGGGUGGUGUACAGUGACCAUCAGCGACUGGAGCUAGAAAAGGAGUUUCACUAUAACAAAUACAUCACUGUACGACGGAAGUCUGAGCUCGCUAUUAGCCUGAGCCUGUCUGAUAGACAAGUCAAAAUAUGGUUUCAAAACCGCCGCGCAAAGGAGCGAAAACAAGUAAAAAAACGUGAAGAAGCCGCGAUGAAGGAGAAGGGUGAUCACGCAUCCCUACAACACGCAAAUUUGCACCGUGCCACUAUGUUGCAUCAUCAACAGAUGAUGAACGGUAUGAUGCACCAUCACUAUCAUCAAGGGGUUUUUCAGGGAGUGGCUGAACCUCUAGUGCCGGGCGUCGCACCCGUUUCUCUCCUCUGAUCACAACAUGACUUCUGUGCACACAGUGAUACGUACACAUAGUUCAAUCUCAGUGAUUAAAAUAUACCCCAUCGGGUUAACGUAUGUGCUUGUGCAUUAAUUUUUAACUACUCGUUUAUUAGACUUGUGAUAAAUAGUGAAAUGUUCUUACAAGAAUAUUUCGUGCGAAUGUUGCAUCAUCAACAGAUGAUGAACGGUAUGAUGCCCCAUCACUAUCACCAAGGGGUUUUUCAAGGAGUGGCCGAACCUCUAGUGCCGGGCGUCGCACCCGAUUCUCUCCUCUGAUCACAACAGGACUUCUGUGUCUUGUGAUAGAUAGUGAAAUGCUCUUACGAGAAUAUUUCGUGCAAACGUUGCAUCAUCAACAGAUGAUGAACGGUAUGAUGCACCAUCACUAUCACCAAGGGGUUUUUCAAGGAGUGGCCGAACCUCUAGUGACGGGCGUCGCACCCGUUUCUCUCCUCUGAUCACAACAGGACUUCUGUGUCUUGUGAUAGAUAGUGAAAUGUUCUUACGAGAAUAUUUCGUGCGAAUGUUGCAUCAUCAACAGAUGAUGAACGGUAUGAUGCACCAUCACUAUCACCAAGGGGUUUUUCAAGGAGUGGCCGAACCUCUAGUGACGGGCGUCGCACCCGUUUCUCUCCUCUGAUCACAACAGGACUUCUGUGUCUUGUGAUAGAUAGUGAAAUGUUCUUACGAGAAUAUUUCGUGCGAAUGUUGCAUCAUCAACAGAUGAUGAACGGUAUGAUGCACCAUCACUAUCACCAAGGGGUUUUUCAAGGAGUGGCCGAACCUCUAGUGCCGGGCGUCGCACCCGUUUCUCUCCUCUGAUCACAACAGGACUUCUGUGUCUUGUGAUAGAUAGUGAAAUUUUCUUACAAGAAUAUUUCGUGCGAAAAUACACUUAGUUAGUUUAUUCUAGUAUCGUUAAGUAAGUUUUAUUAUUUUGAGUAAUAGUCGUUACAUCUUAUACUCCUAUAGGAGACCACCUUGGGCUCUAGGCUUUUUCAUUAAUGACGAUUCUUUCCGCCGAGAUAUGGUAGCCUUAUGUUGUGUUUAAUGGGAGAAGUCUAGACCCAAGAGUUGUGAAAGUUCAUUUGUAUUUUCUGUGCUGUUACUUAAGUCAGUAGGUGCCUUUUACGCGGUCACGCCGUAAGGAUUUCCUAGCAUGUUAUUACUAGGUAGAAUAAGAAUUAUUUUAAUUAAAAUGUAUUUCCGUGUCUGUAAAUAUAGAUAAUUAUAUUUUUUAUAAUAUUGUAAUCCUUAAGUAUUAUUCAAAUUCAUUAAUAUUUCUCAACGUUAUGAAUGCCGUUGAUGAGAUUAAUACAUAUAAACUUGUAUGCGCAACUGUUACUACUUAACAGUUUGAAUAUAAUUAUGCCUAGUUGUUUGCUUAAAUAUAGGUCUGUUAAAAGAUCGGCAAAUCAACAUAGUUAAUAAAUGGCCGUUAUAUUUAUAAAUGCCUUUAAGAAUCUCAUUAAACUUUAUAAAAUCAUAUACCAUAUUUUAUGGCACAUUUAUUGCACGGUAGCGUUGAGAAAUAAACAAAUAUAAUCAUUUUUUUUUUAAUUUGAAUGAGAUUAUUUCUAAUGUUUAAAGUGUCUGUAAAUAGAUAUUAGAAAAUAAUUGCUUAAAGUAGAUAUAAUUUUAUCUCGGAA